UCGGCUUCCCUCCGUUGUGCCUUACCUCUUACUACGGUCUCCCUGCCCGACUCUUCCCGCCCUUGGAAGGAUGCUGGGGAUGCUGGCGGCCUGACGAAGGAACGGUGUCCCAAAAUAGGCCACGACGCUCAGGAAGCUCUAAGGAAGAUGGGCGGAGGUACUCAGAAGGGCGAUUCGGAGAGGCGAUCCUCGGUUCUCUCUCUCGAUUCCGAGGAUGAGAACAAAUUGGUGGAGGUCAAGACAGGAUGCUGUGGGCUGGACCCCACAACAGGCAGGGGCAAACAGAUCCACUUGGCACAGAUGCUGUUGCUGCCCUUCGUGCCCAUCAUGGCUCUUAUCAUACAAAAUGGUCUCAACAUGGUCAAUGUCCUUCAGUACCAGUACGAAAUGCAAGAGACCAUUGAUCAGGUCCAAAUCAGUACGGGUUUAGGCAACGUGACGGAGGCUCUGCAGUCGGAGAGGGCGGAGAUCGCCUUCUACCUCUUCACUAACGGGUCGGUCUUCCGGCGGAACCUUUCGGAACACUUCGCCUACACCAACUCCCUCAUUGAUAAUCUGAAGUGGCCCAAGUUCCGCAUCGAGGAUCCCCUCUUCAAGAACAAGAUCCUCUUCCGUAUUCGACUCGACGACUUCCGCGACAAAAUCACGAAAUUCGACACGCCCUCCAUCGAUGCCGGAAUCCAGUUCUACAACAGGGCGAACUACAUCUUCUUAGACCAGUUAACGAGAGAGAUCAAAGAAAAAGACAGUUCCGGUGUGUGGCGGCCCCUUUUGGCGUACAAAAACCUCAUCCGGGCCAUCGAACAUUUAGGCAUCUCGAUGGUUUUCGGAGAAGAAUAUUUCGGGAGGGGAGAUCUGGACCACACCUCCUACCUGAACUUUGUCACUAACGACGCACUGGGGCAAGAUUUCCUGAAUGCUAGCAAGAGCUUUGCCUACUGGAUCAAAGACAGGUACCUUCAGCUCCAGCAGACUUACUCAUGGUACUCCAACAUUACUCGGAGACGCCAGGAGAUUAUCAACAGGGUAAAGAUUGAGCCAGAUUUUGAUAAAGCUACAGAGUACUUCUACGCCAUGCUGGGCUACCUGGAUGCGCUUCAGAAGAUCCAGUAUGAAAUCAGGUUCAGGAUUGAGCAGACUAUAUUGUCAGAGGUGACCUCAUCGAACAGCCACGUGGUCGUUGGGAUAGCCAUUUUAGCGGUCGUUCUUCUCAUUUCACCUGUAAUUAUCGUCCUCGUCAGGAUGGUCACAAGAACUUUGCAAGCUUUCACAGAGACGCUACAGUACAAGACCUACGAGUUAAGAUAUGAGAAGAAACGGUCAGAUAAACUCCUCUACCAGAUGCUGCCGCCGACUGUCGCCCAACAACUGAAACAGAGAAAACAAGUGUCGGCGGAGACCUACGAAUCAGUGACGAUCUACUUCUCGGAUAUAGUAGGGUUCACCGAGCUGGCUUCUGAGAGCACACCCAUGCAGGUGAUUUCCCUACUGAAUGCUUUGUACAAGAUGUUUGAUUCGCGUAUUGAACUGUAUGAAGUAUACAAGAUUGAGACCAUUGGAGAUGCAUAUAUGGUAGCCUCUGGUUUACCUCAGAGAGGAGAAGACCAAAUCAAGAGAUCUACGAACCUGGACCGCCUAGUUUACACGCCCCCUGUCUACAAAAUAAUGAGUCAUACGGGUUUAGGAAAAGAGCACGCGGCCGAGAUUGCAUCAAUGGCCCUUGACUUACUCCAUGCCACGGAGAACUUUGUGGUGCCACAUAUGCCCGGAGAAAGACUCCAGAUUCGCAUUGGCAUCCACACUGGUCCUGUGGUGGCUGGGGUAGUGGGCUCUAAGAUGCCGCGCUACACACUUUUUGGCGAGUCAGUCAACAUUGCUUCCAAGAUGGAGUCCACGGGCCUUCCAUUCAAGAUACAUAUCACGGCAUCCACAAAGGAAGCGCUGGAUAAAGUCGGUGGUUUCAUCAUGAAGCUGAGGGGAGAGAUGGAAAUCAAGCUGAGCCAGAGAGUAUCGUCGCAGGGUAAAGGAUCAAUGGAGACCUACUGGCUCAUCGGGAAGCACGGCAAGAUGCCCGAGCGCAGGGUCGAGUCCGACAAGGAGGAGGAGAUCGACGUCAUGGCAGAGAACCCCCACACGGACGCCCGACGCAAGCAGAGGAAGGCGCAGAAGGAGAAGGAGAGGGAAAACAAGGAGAAGUCCACGGUACGCAGGGCGAUUGACUCCAUCAAGGAACACCUGCCCAAGAGUUAGGAGUACUGAAGCCCCUCAAGAAUCCACAAUAAGCAGCUCAUACUACACAGAAGGCAAUGAAAUACCGUCGCUGGAGACCACUCCACUUGAAAAUCAUUUUUUCUGUGUGAAGGAGAAGUUUUCAGAAUAUUUACACGAAAGUGUGCAUUUGGAAUAGCGGAAAAUAAAAUUUUAAAAAAUGGUGCAAGGAGAAAACUGUUUCGUAGAUAUCCGAACAGGAAGUUUUGACCUCAUGUUACAAAGUGAAGGAAAGUCUCUGUCUGACACGAACAGACAAAAAUUUUUUGUAAUUGAAGGAAGAGCAAAAGUGUUUCUUGAGAAGAAGGUGUAGAGUCAUUUCUGUUCUGUGGACAACAUCUAACUGAUUUCGUUUAAAAACAACAUGGAACCCCCUCUACUUGUUUGGUAUAGUUGAAAAUGUCUUUUAGUUUUCAAAUCCAUAUAAAUAUUUAUAAAUAUAUAUACAUGAAUAGGUAUCUUGCAUAACAAGCACGUAAUCGUAGACUUCACUUUAUACAGCAUUUCGUCAUCAACCGUGUGUACAAAAUACCCUAACUUUCGAUGUAAGCAAAGCUGUCCAAAGUCUCAAAGUUUCCAUACAUCUGGAAUACUGAAAUAUCUGUACCUUUAAAAUAGCCUCAGAUAUCCACGCUUGUAAAAUUUCAAGAAUUCAUCGGUGGAGCAAUGUUAAUGUGUGUAAUGGUUCUUUACCACUAGAGGAACUUGUAAUAUAGCUGAUGGCAUCUCUGUACAUAAGUUACAAACAGGUUUUUCAUCACUAGAAAGAAUAUUCUAGGUUAUCCUUACUGUGCCGUAGUUCUGUAAGGUACAGCAAUAGAAAUAAGGUCUUCACUUAGUUGAAUUUGAAUUUGCCUCCUGCUGUGGUUAGAUUAACUUAGCACAUGCGCACUGUGGCAUUCUAGUCUAUCAUGAUCAGCACCCUUGAAUUGACUGAUUACUGGAGUAACUGGGAAUUCAGUGCAUAGAAUCAUUAAAGUGGUAUGAAUCCUUAACAACUGUAAAUUGAUUAAUCUACAAAAGGAAGAAGAAAUCAAAAUGGGGCACUCCUCUGUACGAACAAAUUCUCUGUCAAUAGUAACAACUUUAGAUAAAAAUAUUAUGGACUGAAGGUUAUGUACUUCCUUCGAUCAUUACGAAGGCUCUCGUAACUUACGAGAGCGCAGAAAGGUGUAUUUUUCCCCGUAGUAACCCAUUAUGCUCCUCUUGAAUGUAUUGUAUAUUCACACCAAGAAUUAAAUGACCUUGCUUGCAAACAGGUACAAUAAUUAGAUACUCAUGUUUCACAAACCAAAAGCCUAAAUGUUACACUAACGAUAACCAGUUUUGCUUCAUAAUAAAUACGACGUGAAGACGUCCAACCUGCAGAAGGCGAAUUUCUAACUUUUCCACGAAAAUGUAGUUGGAAACGGCACAAGCUGAUAAAUCAUUUAGGCAUCUGCUUCUUCGUUCUUUUUUUCGUCUUGCUGAAGUUGGGGUUAGAGCGGAGACUGGUGACAUUUAGUCUCAUGAUGACUUAAAGCUGAACUAUCUUGACGAUUUACCUUUCCCGUUCUAUUCGAUAUCGCCCUCCCCGAGUCAAUUUAUUCUUCACCUCUGACCCCAGGUCCUAUGAAAAUAGCUACCUCUUUCAUAUCUACCCCUUGCUUUGUGUUCCCUUAUCUCAUAAAUUUCAUCCCGCUUUAUCAGUGACAAGUACUAUAUCAUGGUAAAACGUUGUAGAGAGCUCCCACCUGUCACUUCUGUCAAGUUUUAUGAUGGGUGAGUGACAGGACCUUCUGGCACCAGUCAGUCCUUUGUGCUUAAACGCUAGAUAGUGCCACUCAGACUUGGUGCCAGUGUCAAACUCGUCUGGCCUUUUAAAUCAAGAUGUCACACUGAUAUAAUUCCUUCUAGUCUUCUGGAAAAUUAUUUUCUGCCAUGACACAGACAUUUGCUGUGUGUUUGCAAUAUCAUUUGAGUAAAUACAAUAAAAACGCAGAGAAGAAAUUUCGCUCAGAAUACCUCUUUCAGUGAAUAUCUUCUUGUAAGAGUGAAAAACAAAAUCUUGGUAUUUUUAUAAUAAGACGUUUUAUCAUGUUGUUCAGUAUAUGUCACUGACUGAUUCCUUUUCACACACCUUUGAUUAUUUUUAUAUUAAGUUAAUCAUGUAUCUUGUUCCUGCACUCUCUCUCUCUCUCUCUCUCUCUCUCUCUCUCUCUCUCUCUCUCUCUCUCUCUCUCUCUCUCUCAAUUGAAAUCAAAGAGGCAAUAAAUGGUUUUGUAUCGUGUAGAAAUUACAGACUAAAUGAGAAUGAGCCUGCUAAUAAGUAUGUGCUGAUCUUACCUGAUUAUCUAAUUACUUAAGAAACUUGGAAGUCCCAGUAACCAUGCUAAAAACCACUUUUCUACUGAAGAAUCAAAUAGUCUCUGACUGCCUUACAAAAUGUCUUUCUGCAUUUUUUUAACUAUCUGCAAAUAACUGACUGCAUAAAGCAAGCCACUGUUCCUUGAAUAGGCCCUUGGACAACACGCGUUUAGAAUGGUAACUGUCAUAUUUAGACAUCUUGAGAUUGGAGAAUGACAUUUCUGGUUCAGAAUGAAUAAUAUCAUUUUAUUCACGAAUACAUUUAAAUUAAUCAUAUUAUAUGCAUAUUUAUGAAACAUUCUUUCCGAGUGUUAUUAUGAGGGGAACCUGGACACCACUUUCUGACUGAUAAUUUUAUGGCAGUUCUUUGCUUAGGAAGACAGUCGAGAAGAAACAUAAUUUCCUGGCCUCUGACAAAUAUCGUUUUCACUGUCUUUGUAAAUGACUGACAUCAUGUAGGAGUUAUCUUAGAAUCUUCUCCCAUUUAGUUUUGAAUAAGUCCUGCACUAAGCCCAGAAACAGCAAACAAACGGACAAACAAUUCUAUAUGUUCUGCACUAGCACAUGAUUUAUGAGCAUAAACAGUCAGGGGAAGCCUCGUUCAGCAUUGUUCACGUGAACAGAAAAAUAAAACUGAUCACUGCAGAUAUCGAGUUUAUAUGAAAGGGUACCUUACAAUCAAGACUGCCAUUUUAUCAUGAGAUCUUUUUAGGAGAGGUUGUCAUUCACAAAUCUGGAUCUCAUCCAGUUUCUAUAGGAUUCGCCAUACUAUUCGUGAUACUGUUACACUGACAUUGGAAGUUAGCAUGCUCUGUGAAACACCUGUUGACCGAAUUUAAUGGUAAAACAAAUAAGACAAGGAUACUUUAUAGGAAUAGUCACCUCUAAUAAUUAUGGCAGUGACAGUACAACUGCUUUGAUUUGUUUGUGAAUACUGCUGAACGACCCAAGAAUUAUUUAGGAGAGUUUGUUUGUGUGCACUGACAGAAAUUCCUCCAACCUUGCCACUUACAUCGCAGUGAGCAUUAUGUAGAAAAUCAAGUUACUUCACUGUACAUAACUACUUUCAACUGUAACAAAUUAGCCAAUAAAUACUAAUUAUU